UCACAUUGCCAUUGUUGUGGGCUCACUGACUCUGGUAUGAUAUUAUUUAUAUAUUUAUAGCUCUGAUUUUGGUAACUGAGUAAUGUUCCACGACGGUUGACCUAAAUUAUCCUCCUUUUUUAUCUUUUCCAUAUUUACACAUAUAUUUAGAGAGAGACAGAGACAGAGGGUGGUGAGAGGGGGAAAUGGGCAAUUCAUUUGGGUGCUCUGCCUCCGGAGAACGACUAGUUUCGGCUGCUAGAGAUGGAGAUUUAAUAGAGGCAAAGAUGCUUUUAGAUUGCAAUCCUUGCCUUGCCAAAUACUCCACCUUUGGUGGCCUCAACUCCCCUCUCCAUUUCGCCGCCGCUAAAGGCCAUAACGAGAUUGUUUCUUUGCUGCUCGAGAAUGGAGCAGAAGUCAAUUCCAGAAAUUACUGUGGGCAGACAGCAUUGAUGCAAGCAUGCCGAUAUGGACAUUGGGAAGUUGUACAAACCCUCCUGCUCUUCAGAUGUAAUGUUACUAGAGCAGACUAUCUUACUGGCCGGACAGCUCUUCAUUUUGCUGCUGUAAAUGGGCAUGUAAGAUGUAUAAGACUUGUUGUGGCUGACUUUGUUCCAAGUGCUUCUUACGAAUCUCUGAAUACUCAGAUAGAUAGCGACAGAAGUGAUGGUGUAAAUGUCAUGAGCAAAAAUGAGCAAAGUGCUCUGUCCAAGUUUGUAAAUAAGGCAGCAGAUUGUGGUAUCACUGCUCUUCAUAUGGCUGCAUUGAAUGGAUAUUUUGAUUGCGUACAACUCCUACUUGAUCUUCAUGCGAAAGUAUCAGCUGUGACAUUUCAUUACGGAACUUCUAUGGAUUUGAUAGGAGCUGGAAGUUCUCCGUUGCACUAUGCUGCUUGUGGGGGUAACUUAAAAUGCUGUCAGAUCCUCCUCGCAAGAGGUGCCAGUAAGACGACUUUGAAUUGCAAUGGGUGGCUUCCUGCUGAUGUUGCCAGAAUGUGGGGGCGCCACUGGCUUGAACCACUGCUAGCACCCAAUUCUGACUCAACAAUACCAUCAUUUUCCCUUUCUAAUUACCUGUCCUUGCCUCUGAUGAGCAUACUGAACAUAGCAAGGGAUUGUGGAUUUAAGUCUGUGACAUCCUCAACAGAUGAUACAGAUAUAUGUGCUGUGUGCUUGGAAAGAGCAUGUUCUGUAGCUGCAGAAGGGUGUGGGCAUGAGCUUUGUGUAAGAUGCGCACUCUAUCUUUGCUCAGCAAGCAACAUACCUUCAGAAAUGGCAGGCCCACCCGGGUCCAUUCCAUGCCCUUUUUGUAGACACGGAAUCAUCUCCUUUGUCAAAUUGCCUGGCUCCCCAGCAAAGGAAAAUAAAUUACAGAUGUCACUUGGCCUUUGUACCCCAUGUAUACUUCACCCUCGUGAUCCAGACCGUCUAUCUCCAGCUUGUGCACCAGAGAUCCGAAAGAACCGUGUGGCUUCAGUUUCUUCAGAUAUGCUCUGCCCAGUCACCUGUAGUCCGUUUCCAUCUGUCACCAUUCCUUUGUGCACGUGCAAUGAUGGUCCAUGCCCGCCAUUUGAAUCCCGGGAGGCUGGAACUCAAGAUGAAUUGCCCAGACGACCGCAAGCAACAUCAGUAGACCAGGAUAAAAUGGAAGGGCCGAGACUUGAGAAAACAAGCUGUUCAAGCAUGUUUUGGAGCAGGAGGAGCUGCAGUAGGGAGCAUCAGUGCAACGCAGAAAUAAAUGCUUAACUUGGCUUGGUGAUAUGAUGCUUAGUUACCUUGUCAUGUUCCAGUCAAGGAAUUUUUAAUCGACACCAAACAGUGUCUGUGUUGGGCGCUGUAUGUUUCAUCAUCCCUUGUGGGACAGAACACAAGUGUGAAAUUAUGCAUACCCGUGUUUGCUUCCGGUUUUUGUUCGGGCGGCUACAUGGAUGAUUUGGGUGGUGGCAUCAUAUCAUAUGUGGCAUUUACUACGGCUGUAAAAUUUGUAUGUUUGGCAUUAUACAUUGGUUGUAAUUGAAUGUGAAGAAAGCAAAAGAAAAUUCUUUUCACUACA